ACAAACAGUAGAGGCAAAACUCAAAAGACUGGUCACCAACACCAUCUUACUCAGAUAGGGUGUCGACAGUCGGUUGUCGCACUCUAUUGAAUUCAAUCCCAUCUGUGUUAUCAUAUCUAACGUAUAUCUCCAUGAGUUUCGGAUGCCCUGGAGUUCUGCUAGGUGCCACCCCCCUGCCGUGGGCCGGGGACGACCAGUUUUGCCAGACCGUUGGCAAAAUUCCCAAGUUCUGCCAAAUUCCAACAACACUACCACAACUGUAUGCCACACACAUGAUCAUUGCCAGAUGCGAAACCUAGCAUCGAUAUGCAGUUCAAGACGGCCCGGGUACCCUAUUGGGUGCCAGUCAAUAUUUAAUCGAUGACCGUGCAAGACAAUCCACGUCAACUCUACACCAUUAUCAGUCUUUGUUUCUCACCUGCACAUCACAAAGAAGAGGCUUGUUAACUCUUCCCGCUGUGUUUUUGUUUUUGAACGAUGUCUGCUCUCAGCGAUGUGAGAUCGGAAACGGCUCAUGCCUCCUCUGGUUUAUCCAGUCAUGCCCAUGAUAUUCUCGAGAGGAGAUUGGUGAGGAAGAUCGAUCUACGUAUGUCCGUGAUCUUACUUUUGUAUGCCCUGAACUAUAUUGACAGAGCAAAUGCUAGUAGCGCACGGUUGGGAGGUUUUGAGAAAGACCUGCACCUGCAGGGGAGUCAAUACGCGACGAUCUUGUCUAUCAGCUAUGUGGGAUUCAUUAUCAUGCAAGUGCCAGCAAAUAUGUUUCUGCACUGGCUAGAGAGACCUGCCAUCCUGAUUCCUUGUAGUAUGGUGAUAUGGGGUAUAGUAUCAACAUUAACAGGUCUUUAUACCCAGGUUCUUCUCGCCCGUCUACUCCUUGGUUUUUCCGAAGCACCCUUUUUCCCUGGCGCCAUAUUUCUUAUAUCAGGAUGGUACAAGCGAGACGAGCUCGCCAUGAGAACGACUCUCGUUACUUGUGGAGCCGUGCUCAGCGCUGGGUUCGGAUCCCUGUUUGCGUCUGGUAUACUUACAGGCAUGCAGGGAAAACUUGGUCAAUCCGCAUGGAGGCGAGAAACGUGGUUGUUUUACAUCGAAGGCAGCAUCACCGUCGUAGUCGCGAUUUGUGCAAUAUUUAUACUCCCUAAUUUCCCUCACAACACCAAAUGGCUCACUCCGGAGGAAAGGUCACUGGCUAUUGCCCGCCUUGCAGACGAUGGCUAUGGAAGAAUGGACCAUUACAAACGAACGACCAUGCAAGGACUAUGGGAUGCUUUGUCCGACUGGAAGGUAUGGUGGUUUGCAGUCGCACUCGUUAUCAAUUUUUUGGGGUUGUCAUUCGUCAUUUACUUCCCGACGAUCGUCGCGACUUUGCGAUAUGAUACGACGGUAACUUUGCUGCUCGCCACUCCUCCAUGGAUGCUUGCCGCGAUUGGUGCCUUUUCUCUUUCAAGGUACUCUGACCAUAGGAAAAAGCGUUUCAAAUACAUUUUUGCAUCGAAUGUAUUGGCUGCACUUGGAUUCACUAUAUCCAUCUGUACGAUGAACAUGGUUGCGCGCUAUGUUUCGCUGUUUCUUAUGGCUCAAAUUGCCUCGGGACAAAUCGUUCUCUGGGCAUGGGUAAACAACACUUUUUCCAGAGAUCCUGCGAAGCGAGCUGUUGCUAUUGCUAUGAUUAGCGGAGUGUCUGCGGUGGGGGGAGUCGCCGGAUCGUUCCUCUGGCCUCUCAGCUGGGGCCCGACAUAUCGUUAUUCCUACGCUAUCAGCUUCGCAGCACUUGGGGUGUCGACGGCCAUGCUUGGUGUCAUGCAUUUGCAUUUGAAGCGGGUGAAUGAGCAAAUUGAGAGAAACGAGCAGAAUGCAAAGGAUAUCGACGACCUUCAGGACUCUGUUGGUUUUAGAUAUCUGGUGUAGUUAAUGAUCUAUGCAAACCUCACACUAGGUACUUACAGGCGAAACUACAGCUCAUCCCCCUGUCAUCGGGUGGAAAUCCCCGCAAGACACAAUAUAAUGUUGUACCGCUUCGCUGUAAAUUACAUCAGUUACGUAUACAACUUUUCCUGUGGUGACUCUUUCCUUCGUUUUCUAUCAUGCAUCUUGUCGUGCACUCGGCUGUUGAUCGACUUCUGCUGCAUAAAACCACGACAUGCUACUCUGCUGGUAGGUGCGCAGGCAUCACCAUAGAAUAACACACAACAGCCUACCAGACAAAAUCAUCCUUCACCAGCCACACAUUCAAC